GACUACUGCGUACUAAACGGCCAGAUAAGGUGCCACUUACUGCUAUGAUGGGCCUCCGCGUCAGGUACUCGUGUCGCCCGAGGGCAUCUGAUUUGACCCUGCCACUCAACCCCCGUCCAGCGGCCUUUGGUUGGCCAAUCCAUGGUCGCCAUCGUUGUCUCCUAGCCCGGGCCUGCAUCAUCCCGCCCAAGGCACCAACUGCCAGACCCGAUCUUUUUGGGCCAGUCGCUGCCGGCCCUUGCACUGUUUGGAUGGGUCCUCCCGAUCUUUCGGUGUAUAUCCCAGUGGAUUGUACUCCGGGCACGCAGGAGUACCUUAGCUGCCCAUGGCAGCCCGGGGUUCCCAUGCAUCUUCACCAGGGGUUGACAAACAGUAGCGCAGUUGGGAGAGUUGGGACUCGGGAAGGGAGAUGGAUAGGGGGAAAUCAAGAAAUGGAUGCAUUAUGGAGGCAAGAGAUGUGCAUGGUCGGACUCAUCUGGACCUUCUCCCCCGGAGGUGGGCGAGGAGAGAGGAGAAUUGGAUUUUCUGGCCGGACAGGACGGGCAGGACAGGACAGCCUCUCCAUUAAUUUUCCCCGUGUAUUUUUUUUUUUUUUUGCCUUUUCCGACCCCCCUCUCCCCCUCCCCUCCCAGCUGUAAGGUACUUAGGUGUAAUUCUGUAACUGCUGCAGAUAUGAAGACGUAACUUGGAUCAACGUCAUCCGCCUGGUACGUACCAGCCACGAGUUCUCCUCCCUUUUUAAACACGCCCCCUCAAUUCUGGUCGCGGGUGGCUCAUCAUUGUUAUUGUUGUCCCUCCUCUUCCGGUGUCUUGCUCCUCAAAACAAUACCACCUUGGGGGUACAGACAGCCUCUUCAUUCUCCGAACCAGGAAGUUCAAGCAAUGUUCACCCCCAUCCUUACCUGUUAAUUACAGGCGACCAUCCACUAUCCACCAUCCUUUUAACUUAACUACAUUUCCCCCAAGGAAGGGCCUCCCAUCGAUCCAGCUGGCUGUCUGUGCACCCUCCCGAUAGGCUUCCCAUAAAUCCAUAGGUGCUCUGAAGCCACCCAGUAACUAUUUCGGAGCCUU